UCUUUUUUGCCUUUCUGGCAUCCAUUCAUCAAUGAACGGGGGAUUUGCCACAAGGGGAAUUCCCUCAAGCGGCUGUUGCACUUUUUGGUAGAGGGUUAUUGCAAAAUCACGCUUGCGGCCUUCUCAAUACAAAUCGAAAAUGUCUGAUUCCUUACCGAAGCCUCUUUCUGCCAGAUAUAAAGAGUCCUUUGCUUAUGAAACUGUCAAGGAUCGCAUGCCUGUUAUUUUGACAAAAGCAAUUGAUGCGUGUCACAAACAAAUAGAACCAUAUCAUGAAAAGUAUGGAGAGAAAGGAGCAGAAGAUGUUAAAAAAGUAAUUGGUCAGAUGUCAAAGUUACGGAAUGAAUUGAUGACAGAUAAACCAUUUGUUGAAUUGGAUGAUGAUUUGAGGGAUGCAAGUGAAUGGAAUGAUUGUUUGAAUGAACUUAAAAAUUCCCAAGAUGAAAAACCUUCUUACUUCACAUCUCCAUGGCUGUUUUCAGAAUGCAUGAUGUAUAGAAGAAUUUCAGGAAUAUUACAAAACAGUGAUUUCAUGAAAUCGUUUGAUCCUUACCAAGACCAAAAGAGAGUGGCAUUAGACAAUGCAAUACCUGGUCUAAUAACUAUGGCUGAUCAUUUAAAAAAAAUUUCGGAAGAAAGGAAUUUAAUUCAAGAUACUGAGUUAUUGAAAUGUUUUCAAACAUUUCUUAAGGCAUCAUUGUGGAGCAAUAGGUUUGAUUUAUCUUUAACUGCUGGUGAAAACAAAGAUCAUGAAUCUCAUAACCCGGUAGAAACAUUACAAGAGUUGGAAUCUUACUUACUCGCUGAUAAUUCAGAGGCAAUAUUCAAACAUCUUUGUAAUGUUAAACAAUCUGGCAACAAAAUAAGAGUGGACAUGGUCAUUGAUAAUGCUGGAUUUGAGUUUUCAUCUGAUAUAAUGUUGGCAGAAUUUCUACUUGAAUCGAAGAUUGCUGAUUCUAUUCAGUUUCAUGUAAAAUGUAUUCCAUGGUUUGUAUCAGAUGUUACCUUUGAAGAUUUUGACUACACACUCAAGACUUUGUCUCAAACUGAAAACAAGGUUUUGGCUAGUUAUGGAAAGCUGUGGCUCAAGAGAUUACAAGAUAGGACUUUCCUAGUUGCACCGAAAGAGAAUUCUCAAUUUUGGACACUCUCAAGGCCUUAUUCAGAAAUGCACAAACAUGAUCCGAAAUUAUAUCAACGAUUGGAGUCAUCUGCACUUAUUAUAUUUAAAGGUGACAUGAAUUUUAGGAAAUUGGUGAGCGAUCUUGCUUGGGAUAGUGAGAUACCCUUUGCCACCUCAGUCCUGGGCUUUAGUCCUGCCCCAUUAUGUACUCUUAGGACUUUGAAAGCUGAUGUGGUAGUGGGAUUAGCACCAGGUGAAGCAGAAGAUGCUGCUAAAAAGGAUGAAGAUUGGAUGGUUUCUGGAAAAUAUGCAAUCAUACUUGCUCAUUUAGACGCUUAGGAGUGUAUUUUAACAGGAUUAUGA